AUGGAUCAAGAUUUAAUUGAAUGGGGUUGUUGUUCUUUAGGGUUUGAAGAUAAUAUUUACAAGCUUUGCAACACAUGUAACAAGGCAUAUCAUCUUAAAUGUCUAACCAAUGAUGUCGACAAUUUGAAAGCGAUAAAGCAUGCUACUGACUGGAUCGGUCCAUGUUGCAUUAGACCUCUCCACGCGACUGGCAAUAAGGAUAACACACCAGUAAAAUGUGACCCUAAUAUUACAGUACGAGCCUCCAAAAGACAGGCAUUGUCAUCCCCCCCGGAAAUUGAAAUUGAAGGCCCUGUAACACGUACAGAGGUGCGUAACAUUAUGGAGGAAAUUAUUCAAAAGCAUAUAUCAGACCUUAUGGUUCAGAUGACCUAA